GUAGCAUUUACGUUGUAAGGCGGAAAAACUCUUCAUCUGACUAAGGGUUACAUCAAAACAAACGCACCCUAGGUUUUCUCGACUAUGUAGGAUUUACGGAAGAGUCGUGCCAGGCGUGGCUGAGGAACUUCCGUCUUUUACAGCUCAAAAAUGACAGCGACUCUUCGCCCCUACUUAAACGCUGUGAGGGCAACCUUGCAGGCAGCCCUCUGUCUGGAGAACUUCUCCUCUCAGGUGGUGGAGCGCCACAACAAGCCAGAGGUGGAGGUCAGGAGCAGCAAGGAGCUGCUGCUUCAGCCGGUGGUGAUCAGCCGUAAUGACAAGGAAAAGGUUCUCAUCGAGGGAUCCAUCAACUCUGUCAGAGUCAGCAUUGCUGUCAAGCAGGCUGAUGAGAUCGAGAAGAUCCUUUGCCACAAGUUCAUGCGCUUCAUGAUGAUGAGAGCAGAGAACUUCUUCAUUCUGAGGAGGAAACCAGUAGAGGGAUAUGAUAUUAGCUUCUUGAUCACCAACUUCCACACGGAGCAGAUGUACAAACACAAGUUGGUGGACUUUGUCAUCCACUUCAUGGAGGAGAUCGACAAGGAGAUCAGUGAGAUGAAACUUUCUGUUAACGCCAGAGCCCGUAUUGUUGCUGAAGAAUUCCUCAAGAAUUUCUGAUGGAAGUGUCGUCCUUUGUUAAAUGCCACACUGGGAAUGCUCCAAGUGCCACUCAGCACAGGAGUGGAGAAUUAAAGGAGUAAGCAACAAACCCCAGAGGAGAGGAGAGAAACGUGACCAAUCUGGCUUUGAUUCCCUUUACACCCAAGUGUGUUCCUGUACUUAUGAAUAUCAACAACUGUAUAUAAUGAAAUAUUUACAGUUUCAUUUUCAGCCACUUAGAACAAAUCCCCAAACAAAGGCGGGUCCUUAAAGUAUUAAUCAAGUUGGUAGCCAUGAGUACAGGAGCACUGAGACUGUGCUGUUCCAAAUAAAAUGACCAGGGUUUUGUAUUUUGUCUGUGUGAGUCUGUAUGUGUCUGUCACUGUCAUUUUAAAUUUGUCUCCAAAAUUUCUCUGUUCAGGACAUACGUGUUUGUGGAAGAGUGGCAUUGAGUCACACACACACACACACACACACACAGAAAGAGCUCACUGUAAAGAAACUACCAUCAUUCAUGCAAGAAAAUAUGAAAAGAUAAUAAAACUCAGUUGUUUAUA